AACACCACAUAAAGCACACAAGAAACGAAGAAGUGAAUUAAGACAAGGCAGAAAAUAGAAAAUUAGAAAACCCCAAAAAAACGUAUACACACAGUACUGCCGCUCCCAGACGGCCAAACACUUAUAUAGUUAUAUAUAAACCCCCUAUAGAGCCACCAUUUCCUCCGCCGGCUUCCUCAUCUGCCACUCCACUUUCCGAUCGGCCCCAUCUAUAUAUCCCUUUUCAUGUCUUAACUAAAAACACUACCCCCAUUUGCAGAGUUUAAACCAAUUAAUUAAUUAAGCUUCUAUAUAUCUCGAGCUUCAUUAUCAGCUUUAAUUAAUGGCGAAAACCUCGAAAAAAGACAGCUCCGGCAACGGCGAUGGUAAUGCCAACAACGUUGUUAAGGUGAAAAGAACUCGUAAGAGCGUGCCCAGAGACUCUCCUCCUCAAAGAAGCUCCGUUUUCAGAGGUGUCACCAGGCACCGGUGGACCGGCCGAUAUGAAGCUCAUCUAUGGGAUAAGAACAGCUGGAAUGAAGCACAGAGUAAGAAAGGAAGACAAGUAUAUUUGGGGGCUUAUGAUGAUGAAGAAACAGCAGCACAUGCAUAUGACUUGGCAGCAUUGAAGUAUUGGGGACAAGAGACAAUCCUAAAUUUUCCACUUGCUACUUAUGAAAAAGAGCUAAAGGAAAUGGAAGGUCAAUCAAAAGAAGAGUAUAUUGGUUCUUUGAGAAGAAAGAGCAGUGGAUUUUCUAGGGGUGUCUCGAAAUACAGAGGAGUAGCAAGACACCAUCACAAUGGAAGAUGGGAGGCUCGCAUUGGAAGGGUGUUUGGCAACAAAUAUCUCUACCUUGGAACUUAUGCUACUCAAGAGGAAGCGGCAACGGCUUAUGACAUGGCAGCCAUAGAGUACCGUGGGCUUAACGCCGUCACCAAUUUUGACCUCAGCCGUUACGUCAAGUGGCUACGCCCUGAUCAAAACCCUAACAACCUGCAGCCAAACCCUAACCCUAGUAAUGACGCCGUUAGUGAUCAUCAUGAUGAGCUCAUCACCACCCAAGAUCAAGGGUUGAGCUUCCUCCACCAGCAACAGCAACCGCAACAAAGCUCCGGUUCAUCGGAAACCGCCUCUCCUCCGCCGCAUGACCCCUCCGCCGCCGCCGCCUCUUCGUCGGCGUUAGGUUUACUGCUGCAGUCCCCCAAGUUUAAAGAAAUGUUGGAGAGAACAUCGGCGGCUACCAACUUUCCGGCCACCCCGCCGGAGCCGGACCGACCGAGAAGGAGCUUCCCGGACGACAUACAAACGUACUUCGACUGCGAAGACUCGAGUAGCUUUGUGGAAGAGCAUGACAUCAUCUUUGGUGACCUAAGCUCAUUUGAUUCAUCCAUGUUUCAUUGUGAGCUUGAUGCAUAACACCUAGGGUUUAAUCACCAUUUUCAUUCCAAAAAAAAAAAAGGAAAGAAAGAUAUAACAGUGGACAUGCAUGCAUGGGAUAUAUACAUAGGAAGAUUGUGAAUA